AUGGAUUUAUUUGAUGACAACCCGAAGAAGUCGUGCUGUUCUAAAACUCGUUGUAGCGUUAUCGUGUUUGUCUGUCUAUUGGUCAGUGUGGCUGUAAUAUGUGUGGUCACUUUCACGGCAGACGUCCGAGAGAAGAUUCAAUAUGAUACGUCCGUGCUGCAGUGGUGGAAGACAACACCAGUUUAUCAGAUCUAUCCGAUGUCAUUUAAGGACACGGAUGAUGACGGAAAGGGUGAUCUCAAUGGUAUCACAGAGGAGUUAUCGUACCUGUCUAACCUCGGGGUGAAGGCCGUAUGGAUAAGCCCUUUCUAUGAGUCUCCAAUGAUGGACAACGGUUACGAUAUCAGCAACCAUACAGCUAUCGAUCCUAUAUUCGGAACCAUGGACGACUUCGACCGUCUUCUGGAAGAAGCCAAUAAAAAGGGUAUUCAAGUGAUUGUCGACUUCGUUCCGAAUCACACGAGCAAUGAAAGUCAGUGGUUCAUUGACAGUGAAAAUAGGGUCAAAGGUUACGAAGACUUCUAUGUAUGGGUAAAUGGUACAGUCGGCACGCCCCCUAACAACUGGAAUAAUACCCUCGGAAUGUCAGCUUGGACAUGGAGUGAAACCAGACAACAGUAUUACUAUCAUAAUUAUCUCAAGGAACAACCUGACCUCAACUACAGAAACCCCGCCGUCAAAGCCGCUGUUCUGGACGUAAUGAAAUUUUGGCUGGAGAAGGGAGUGGCUGGUUUCCGUAUUGACGCAAUUGUUCACUUGUUUGAGAGUGAGGAUCUUCAAGACCAGGUGACUGUGAAUUUACCGGAGAUUUUUCCAGUGAUCAAAGAUUGGAAGAAAUUAUUAGACGCAUACAGUAAUCCGCCAAGGGUCAUGUUUUCAGAAACCACAUCUGUUGAUUCCGAGAUAAUAAAGAAAUACUACGAUGCUGGCACAAUACCAUUCAACUUUGACCUGGUCAAGAAGGUCAACAGGACGUGCGGCGGAAUUUGCAUGCGAGACGUAAUUUCGGAAUAUAUGACAAAGCUGGGGUCAAACGACUGGCCAACUUUCUUAACGGGAAGUCACGACAUUUCUCGGGUGGCUACUAGACUUGGCAAUGAUAAGACACGAGCGAUGGCUAUGCUUCUUCUAACACUACCUGGUACCCCCAUCAUCUACUAUGGCGAGGAGAUCGGCAUGGCGGAUGUACGUUAUACUUUUGAUGAGGGUCAGGAUUCAUUUGGACUCCGACUGGGGAAGGGAGGAUAUGAGAAUAGAACAAGGGAUCCGGAACGUUCACCAAUGCAAUGGACAUCUGCCUUGAACGCUGGGUUUACCAAUGAUUCCGCGACACCCUGGCUCCACCUGAGUCCAGAAUCUCCCAAAGUCAAUGUUGAGCUGCAGAAAGCAAACGCAAGUGGAAUAUUACAACUCUAUAAAAACCUAAUUGAUAUAAGAAAGUACCCGUCCUUUGAGACCAGUAAACUGGAUUUUGCAGAAGUGACCUCAGAUAUUCUAUCAUACAUAAGAAGUGCCGCUGGCUGGCAGAUGCACCUUGUUAUAAUCAACCUGAGUUCCCAGAGUGCAACGCACGACUUUUCUUCCGGUCCGGUGUUCUCUACUAAGGGAACUGUUGCCGUGACGACGGAUAACUCGUCUCCCGUUGGACAGGACGUAGAUCUGACAAGUGUUACUGUAGAGCCUUUUCAGGGUGUGAUAAUUGCUGUCAACUAUCAAAAGCAUUAAAGAACCAAGGCCACU